UCCAGGACUGCCACGUCUUGCUCAUUAGAAAGAGGGAAGGUGCCUGGUUAGACUUAAACAAAUGGAUGCAAUUUUGAGCUGCAGACCUGAAGACAUGGAAGAUUAUUACAGUUUGCUAGGAUGUGAUGAAUUAUCUACAGCUGAACAAAUCAUUUCUGAGUUUAAAGUCCGAGCACUUGAGUGUCAUCCUGACAAGCAUCCUGGAAACCCUGAAGCGGUGGAGAAUUUUCAGAAGCUGCAGCAUGCCAAGGAGAUUCUGAGCAAUGAAGACAGCCGAGCUCGUUAUGAUUAUUGGCGGAGAAGCAAAAUUGCGAUCCCGUUCCAGCAGUGGGAAGCCCUGAAUGACUCCAUCAAAACGUCAAUGCACUGGGCUGUCAAAGGCAAAAAAGAGCCAAUGAUAGAAGCUCCAGAUUUAAAUCUCAACCACAAGAAGACAAAUGAGUGUCUCCAGGAGGUGGAAAAUAACAAUGGUGGAUUAUUAGAAGACCGAAGCGGGCCAGAAGAUUUUGAUCCCUCUGGUGGAAAGCUGCUGUCACCAAAAAGCCCCGAUUUUCCAGGAUUCUCGGAUCCAAAUGGCUGGCACUUGCGUUUUCGUUGGUCUGGUGACACCCCAUCUGAACUUCUGCGGAAGUUCAGGAACUAUGAAAUAUGAAGCAGAAGACCAAAUAUAUGUGGAAGAACCUUGUAUUAACGAAUUCAGUAUUUUUUGUGUGUGCAUUUGGUUGAUAAAGAAUUG